GCGCUCUCCGGAACAAAAUUACCCAUGGGCGACACAGUCUUCUCCAGUGACAGUGGAAAGUCUUAUCCAGACCUCGCAUUGAGUACUCGUGCAGCUGGUGUCAAUUAUUUUCGUUUGGACCCGCUGAUUAAGGAAUUUGAAUUUUGCGACGACAAGGAAUUGGAUCGUUCGAGACGUUUUCGACUACUCCAGUUACGUCAAGCUGGUGUUACUCAAUUCAAGUCCCUAUCUGUCCCCGUCGCUUCAAGGUUCAUCCCUUCAGAUGUGUUUCAAGAAUAUGACAAAAAACGGAGUGAGACGGGAAUCAAAGAUGCCAGAGGAAUGCGAGCAUAUCGUGUGCGACAUCAGCUCUACGUAGAAAAGAAAUCAUACAAAGAAGUUGUGAUCGAGGAGAAAAUACCAAACUUCUUUUUCAUUCUUCCACUCCUACGAAGAAUGACCGAAGCUCGACGUCCGUUGAAAGCCAAACACGUGGAACGUCGCCCGGUAAUUGCGCAAAAUAUCCAGAGUACCGGACUUCGAUUGUUACUCACCGUGCAUGCGGCGUAUAACUUGCCUACACGGAAAACAGCUGCUGAUGCACGCCCAUCAGGUGUCACUCGCCACACCGAAAUAAUGCCCAUAUUUUGA